AUGGCGGCGCCGGCGCCCGCAACCGCGACGACGACGACGACGCGUGCUCACGCGCUGCUGAUCCCGUACCCGUGCUCGGGCCACAUAAACCCCACGCUCCACUUCGCCAGGCUGCUGCACUCCGCCGGCGUCCUCGUCACCUUCGUCAACACCGAGCACAACCACGCCCUCAUGGUGGAGCGCGCGCGCGGCCGCGGCCACGCCCACGACGUGGUCGACGACGUGUUCAUGUGGGGGUUCCGGUACGUGGCGAUCCCGGACGGGCUCGCGCCGUCGUCGGAGCGCGGCGCCCAGGACCACUACAGCAUGGGCCUCCUGCGCGCCGUGGUGACCCACUGCGCGGGGCACCUCAGGGCGCUCAUCGUGAGGCUGAACAGCGACGCCGCCGCCGCCGCCGGCGCGUCGUCGUCGGCGGCGCUGUCGCCCGUGACGUGCGUCGUGGCGUCGGAGCUGAUGAGCUUCGCGCUGGACGUGGCCGCCGACCUCGGCCUCCCCUCCUACAUGCUGUGGGGCACCAGCGCGUGCGGCCUCGCUUGUGGCCGCGCCGUUGGGGAGCUCAGGCGCCGAGGCCACGUACCACUCAAAGGUAACCCCCACAUGAACAUCGACGUCGCCAACUCGCCAUCGUAA